GCACAAGAAGGAAAAGAAGGAAAAGAAGAAGCGGAAAGAUGAGAAAAAAGUCUUUGUUCCUUUAUGAGCUCCCCUUGCGAACCUACUGACACUGUCGAUGUGGAUUAGAAGAAAAAACUAGGUGCUGUAAGCCACCAAUGGGGAAAGUAUGGCCUCAUAAACGAGAGCGAGUGAGUCUUAAACAUGCUGCGGGAGCUGGAAAGAUUACAAUUCUUGCACAGUCUAUAUCCAAAGGAGCAGGAAUUUAGGGCCUGGCUCGUAGAGGAACGCAAGAUCAACCCUGAAACAAUAUCUAAGGAGCAAACUAAGAAAGAAUUUGCUGUCUUCGUCGAGGACUAUAACACCGCAACCCUUCCGCACGAGAAGUUUUAUAACAUGGAAGCUUACGAACGACGGAUGACUGCGCUGCGAGCGGGCGAGUUCGUUCCUCCGCCAGACGAUGCGUACGACCCGAACGCCGACCUGCGCGCACUAGAGAGUACGCAUCGCCGACGCACGGUUGAGCGCGAGACGUACAUGAGCAAGGAGCAACUUCAAGAGCUGCGCAGGGUGCAGAACGAGCGGAUCGAGGCUGGGAAGAUGAAGCUGCUUGGUAUGGAAGUGAAGCAGAAUAUGGGCGUCCGUAUGGAUGGAAGCAUGUUUGACGGUUAG